GCCUGCCUACUGUAGACGUGGCAGAAGAAGGGGCUGGCCCUGCCCCGUGGGGGUGGGACUUCCUGGGGCCAGAUACCAGCCUCCUCGGAACCGGAAGUGGAGGCUAAGAGCCUUGACGUUAGGAACGAAGUCGAACCUGGAUCUGGAGCCGGGUGAUACCAAGUUGGGGAUGCUCUCAUAAUGAACGUCAACCAGUCAGCUCCACCUGUGCCGCCAUUUGGGCGGCCUCAACCUGUCUACCCAGGGUAUCAUCAGUCCAACAACUAUGGUGGGCAACCAGGGUCCACAGUCCCCCCUACUCCCUAUAGUACCUACAAUGGUCCAGUACCCGGCUAUCAGCAGACACCUCCAGGUGUCUCAAGAGCCCCACCUCCUUCCGGGGCACCUCCAGGUUCAACAACACAGGCCCCUUGUGGCCAGGCCGCAUAUGGCCAGUUUGACCAAGGAGAUGUACAGAAUGGGCCAAGCUCCACUGUUCAGAUGCAGAGGUUCCCUGGGUCUCAGACAUUUGGGUCAGCCCCAGUGGCCCCUGUGGUCAGCCAGCCUGCUGUCCUUCAGCCCUAUGGCCCUCCCCCGACAAGUGCACAGGUGACAGCUCAGCUGGCUGGAAUGCAGAUUAGUGGUGCUGUGGCCCCAGCUCCUCCCUCUUCAGGGCUGGGCUAUGGCCCACCAACAUCGAUGGCCUCAGCCUCAGGAAGUUUUCUUAAUUCCGGUCUGUAUGGCUCCUAUCCUCAGGGUCAGGCUUCUCCCCUUAGCCAGGCCCAGGGUCAUCCUGGGACCCAGCCUGCCCAGAGAUCUGCCCCACCACAGGCCUCCAGCCUCAUCCCCCCUACUCCAGGGGGCCCUCGGAUGCCUUCAAUGACUGGUCCGCUACUUCCUGGACAGGGUUUUGGGGGGCCACCAGUGAACCAGCCCAACCAUGUGUCCUCACCUCCUCAAACUCUGCUUCCUGGCAACCAGAUGAAUAGGCCCCCAGGACCACCACCAUCUAUGCACUCCUCCCCGCAGCCAGGCUAUCAGCUACAGCAAAAUGGUUCCUUUGGACCAGCUCAAGGCCCUCAGCCCAAUUAUGGAAGUUCCUACCCUGGAGCACCCAAUUUUGGCAGUCAGCCAGGGCCUCCUCAACCACUGCCUCCUAAGCGCUUGGAUCCUGAUGCUAUCCCGAGCCCCCAACUCAGUGAGCUGCCUCCUCAGCAGAAAACCAGGCACAGAAUAGACCCUGAUGCCAUUCCUAGUCCAAUUCAGGUUAUUGAGGAUGACAGGAACAAUCGGGGUUCAGAGCCAUUCGUUACUGGAGUACGAGGCCAGGUGCCACCCUUAGUCACUACUAAUUUCCUGGUAAAAGACCAAGGGAAUGCAAGUCCCCGAUACAUCCGAUGCACAUCCUAUAAUAUCCCUUGCACAUCUGAUAUGGCUAAGCAGGCUCAGGUACCCCUAGCAGCUGUUAUCAAGCCACUGGCAAGAUUGCCCCCAGAGGAGGCUUCUCUGUAUGUCGUUGACCAUGGGGAAUCUGGACCUUUGCGCUGCAAUCGAUGCAAAGCAUAUAUGUGCCCCUUCAUGCAAUUCAUUGAGGGAGGACGGCGCUUCCAGUGCUGCUUUUGCAGUUGUGUCAAUGAUGUUCCCCCCCAAUAUUUUCAACAUCUGGAUCAUACUGGCAAGCGUGUGGAUGCUUAUGACCGUCCUGAGCUGUCCCUGGGCUCUUAUGAAUUUCUGGCUACUGUAGAUUACUGCAAGAAUAAUAAGUUCCCCAGCCCUCCUGCCUUCAUCUUCAUGAUUGAUGUCUCCUACAAUGCUAUCAGGAGUGGUCUUGUUAAACUCCUCUGUGAGGAGCUCAAGUCACUAUUGGACUUUCUACCUAGGGAUGGUGGAGCAGAAGAGUCAGCAAUCCGUGUGGGUUUUGUCACCUAUAAUAAGGUGCUCCACUUCUACAAUGUGAAGAGCUCACUGGCCCAGCCUCAGAUGAUGGUUGUUUCUGAUGUAGCUGACAUGUUUGUGCCACUGCUGGAUGGCUUCCUGGUCAAUGUCAAUGAAUCUCGAGCAGUCAUUACCAGCUUAUUGGAUCAGAUUCCAGAAAUGUUUGUAGACACAAGGGAGACAGAGACAGUAUUUGCCCCAGUUAUCCAGGCCGGGAUGGAGGCUCUGAAGGCUGCUGAGUGUGCAGGGAAGUUGUUUCUCUUCCAUACCUCCCUGCCCAUUGCAGAGGCCCCUGGGAAGCUGAAGAACAGAGACGACAGGAAGUUGAUCAACACAGACAAGGAAAAGACUCUGUUCCAGCCUCAGACAGGUGCCUAUCAGACUCUGGCCAAAGAAUGUGUGGCCCAAGGCUGCUGUGUAGACCUCUUCCUCUUCCCUAACCAAUAUGUUGAUGUGGCCACACUCUCUGUUGUACCCCAGCUCACUGGUGGCUCUGUCUACAAAUAUGCUUGUUUUCAGGUGGAGAAUGACCAGGAACGGUUCCUGAGUGACCUGCGUCGAGAUGUACAGAAAGUCAUUGGUUUUGACGCUGUGAUGCGGGUCCGAACAAGCACUGGUAUCCGUGCUGUAGAUUUCUUUGGGGCUUUCUACAUGAGCAAUACAACAGAUGUGGAGCUGGCUGGGUUGGAUGGGGAAAAGACGGUGACUGUGGAGUUCAAGCAUGAUGAUCGGCUCAAUGAAGAGAAUGGAGCCCUCCUUCAGUGUGCCCUGCUCUACACUAGCUGUGCUGGGCAGCGACGUCUCCGCAUCCACAAUCUGUCCCUGAACUGUUGCACUCAACUGGCCGAUCUGUACCGAAAUUGUGAGACUGACACACUCAUCAACUACAUGGCCAAGUUUGCGUACCGAGGAGUCCUGAACAGCCCUCUGAAGACUGUUCGUGACACUCUUAUAGCCCAGUGUGCCCAGAUCCUGGCCUGUUACAGAAAGAACUGUGCCAGUCCCUCCUCUGCAGGACAGUUGAUCCUCCCUGAGUGCAUGAAGCUACUUCCAGUUUAUCUAAAUUGUGUGUUGAAGAGUGAUGUCCUGCAGCCUGGAGCUGAAGUUACUACUGAUGACCGUGCCUAUGUUCGACAGCUGGUUACUUCCAUGGAUGUGGCUGAGACCAAUGUUUUCUUCUAUCCUAGACUCCUGCCACUGACAAAGUCUCCCAUUGAAAAUGCCACUGAACCACCAGCAGUUCGAGCAUCUGAAGAGCGUCUGUGCAAUGGGGAUAUAUAUCUGCUGGAGAAUGGACUCAAUCUUUUCCUCUGGGUGGGAGCCAGUGUUCAGCAGGGUGUUGUCCAGAGCCUCUUCUGUGUCUCUUCCUUCAGUCAGAUCACCAGUGGCUUGAAUGUUCUGCCAGUUCUGGAUAAUCCACUGUCCAAGAAAGUUCGAGGCCUCAUUGAUAAUUUAAGGGCACAGAGAUCACGGUACAUGAAGCUUAUUGUGGUGAAACAGGAAGACAAAUUGGAGAUGCUGUUCAAGCACUUCCUGGUGGAAGACAAGAGCCUGAAUGGAGGAGCAUCCUAUGUGGACUUUCUCUGUCACAUGCACAAAGAGAUUCGGCAACUACUGAGCUAGAGAAGACGAAUAAAUGACAUAGGAUCCCAGGUCAGCUUCCAGAGAGUAUCCCAGGACAGCAGAAAAAUUGGGACACUUCCGUAUCUUAUAAGUCAUGUAAACUGACCUCAGUCUCUUCGGGGGGUGGGGAAGGCAUAAGGAGACACCUUCUUUCUGGGCUCAAGUAUCCUAGCACUCUGUCAUAUCCUGCUGAUGGAAGGUGUCCGUAUUCCCUCACUUUACCCUCCUUUUCCUGCUAAUCCUGUCGUAAUGAAUGUAGUUUCUCAGUUCACUGUAUAUGAUUUGGUGUUGGGGGGGGUGGUUGGAGGCACCCAGAUCUUGGCAAUAUUAUGUGUCAUUUUGGACCAGCCUCCAAGAAGAGAGGCAGACAGGCAGGAGUGGGGAUUCCCGGGUUAUUAGGGCAGGGGACUAAUUCAGCUCAAUGUCAUCAACUUCCUAUAUUAGGGAUAAAAUAUACAGGUGCAUAAGAGCUGUGGAAUGUAGGUGGAGAAAAGUGGUAGGUUCUUCCUGGACCUGGAAGUCAGGAGCCAAGGCAGAUUUCCUGAGGGUGGCUGAUGAUUAGCUUUCUCUCUGCUUCUCCUGCAACCACUGGUGAUCACUUGGUGAAUAGAGGCACAUGAUCAGAAAUGAAGGAGCCUGGGACUGAGUUGCAAAGUAUAUUAAGACCUAGGAGAGGUAUCAGCCUCCUUUCCUGCUGAAGAAGCCCCAACACGGAUGGUUCUGUAGGGAGCCUGGUCAUCAACUUGCAAUACCUCACAGUGAGAGCCAGCCCACUUCCCCACUGAGUUACCACUAGAAACGCUGCUUCUCCAAGCAGGGGGUUGCUGAGGCAGAGAUGGCUGAAGCACCUUUCUCUCCUGCCAGGACACCACUCGGCUUUGGUAUUGCGAGUGGCUGAGUUAGUUAUCUUCCAGUCCCUACUGGCUGGGGCAGGACAAGGGCUAGGAAUGAUGGUGACCAGACUUGUCUGCUCCUAGCCUGUUCCCCUCCCCAACCCCGCUCCGAACGUCUCAUUUCUCUUCACUGGUUUUAUUUUUCAAUGCAUCUGUAAUUUGUAAAGAAAUAAAGUAAAUUAAGAUGUAACUAAAA